UUGAGCACAUCCAGGCACCAACUUCCAAGUCGAACAAUGUUCACUUGUUUCCGACAGAAGAUCCCGCUGACUUGAGUCAAGUUUCGUCGAAUAGAACUAUGAUAUAGAAAGUUUGUCAAGCUCCAUCUCUUCAACAACCAGUCCUGCUAUACUGGGCCCUUUCCAGGUACAGACACAACUCUCCCUCCGGCGGACAAGAUGAAGAUAGCAAUACUCCAGUUUAACCCCAAGUUGGGGGCAGUGGAAGCCAACAUCCGGCAUGCCGACAGCCUCCUAUCCAAGUGUACCGCCAAUAUCGAGCUGCUCGUUCUCCCCGAAAUGGCCUUCAGCGGCUACAACUUCCCCUCUCUGGCAGCCAUCACUCCGUACCUCGAACCCACAACAGACGGCAUCACCACUCAAUGGGCCAUCAAGACCGCUCGAGAACGACAAUGUCACGUCGUCGUAGGCUAUCCCGAGAAGACGAGCAGUUCGAGUCCCACCACUCCAAAUGGUAAUUCUACCCCCAACUACAACUCAAUCGUCACCAUAUCCCCCGAGGGCCACAUCCUCGCCAACUACCGAAAGUCCUUCCUCUACUACACCGACGAAACCUGGGCUACCGAAGGUUUCCCCUCCACACCCUCUCGCAAACCGUUUUACACCUCCCACCUACCCGGUCUCGGUCCCGUCGGUCAAGGCAUCUGCAUGGACAUCAACCCCUACCGUUUCGAAACGCCCUGGACCGACUACGAAUUCGCCACCCGCAUGCUCGCCGCCGAGUGUCGCAUGGUGAUUGUUUCCAUGGCGUGGCUCACACGUCUCACGCCCGAGGAUACCGAAGCCACGGCUCCGCACACGCCGGAUAUGGAGACGGUCGCGUAUUGGUUAGAGCGGUUUUGGCCGUUUGUGGAUUCUCAGCCGACUGAGCCGAUUGUCGUGGUGUUGGCGAAUCGCUGUGGGAGUGAGGGUGGCGGGAAGGGGUUUGUCAAGAUGGAACAUGGGGAGAGUAUUGAGAUGGGCGAUCGCGUGGCGUAUGCGGGUUCGAGUUGUGUGAUGCGGUUUCAGGGCGGGAGCGUGAAGUUGUGGGAGCGGAUGGAUGGUGGGAAGAAGGGGGAAGUGGGCAUGUUGGGGAAAGGGGAGGAGACUGUGUUGGUAGUGGAUACGGGUGUGCAGGCGAGUUAUUUGUUGCAGCAGAAGAAGAAGAAUGCUGCUUGAGAUGCAUACCUUACGUUUGUUUUUGGUCUUAGCGAAGGCGUUGGCGUAGUUUAGUUACCGCAUGAGUUCUGUGUUCUCCAGACCAUCUUAGUC